AUGUCGUUCACGUACAGUAACCCAAACUGUACACUUUAUGUUAGAAGAAUGAUGGAGAAGAACGUUUCUCCGAUGCCAUUUAUUGGCCUUUAUGUAGCCGUUGCUUCUAUGUUCUGCAUCAUGGCAAUGUCUCUAAACAUCUUGUCAUUUCCUGACAAUAUCUUCGGUCUGAAUGCAACUUGGCUGACACUAUUAGCUGUGGCUACCAAGCUCACUGGCGACCUUACUUCUCCCAUGUGGUCUUACAAUGAUAACCUGUCAAAAAUCAAUAGCACGCUUUUCUUAACUGUGGCUAUAGGUGAAUUUUUCACUUCACUGGGCUCUAUGAAUGGCACAGAUAUGCUCACCAAUCUCACGGCUUUGAGCAUAUUGGUAUUCACCGUCCUUGUGGAUUUAUGCAUCCAACUCGGAACUGGCGUACUUGAUUAUUCAUUAUUUCCAGAAAUCAUCUUCGCUCUUGUUUUGCUGUUCUGCAUGUUCAUAGCAAUUGUGUGUACAGCUCUAACAGUUCCAGCAAUUAAGAAACGCGCAGAAUCAAAGCAUCAGACGCUAGUGAAACAAAUGGAAACAGCAGCUGGGGGGCAUUUACUUAGAGUUGAAGAGCUGAGAUUGAGCAUUAUAAAGUAUUGGGUGAUGGCAACAUCUGGUAGCCCUCAAUAUCUGAUCACAAGGUUGGCGUCUUUCAUUUUUUCGAACAUCAUCUCCCUAUUUUCUGCACUUAUUAUUUUUCAAGGAGUUUUUAGAAGUAAAACUACUAGUACCGAUGCAUACUGGAGUACUACUUGUCAUAAUAAGCAAUCUGAUUAUAAGUGGUCCGUCCAAUUGAUUAUAUUUUUUCAAUUUGGUGUCGCGAUGGUGUCUUUCGUAUCAUCUACAGUCUUAUUGACUCAUGUCCUGAUUUGUAAGUAUGAGGACAAUGGGAUCAAAAUCUCCAGAAAAGAUUUCAAAGUUGAGCCCUAUUGGACUGAAAAUCUAAUAGAAUGGAGACAGAGUCCAAUACCUAUGAGAAUUCAAAGAAACAAGCUGCGCAUAAAACUUCUCCACCAUAUAAAAAGAUUGAUCUUGACUUUCUUCAUAAAACUUCAGACUCUGGUUGUCAUAUUUAUUAAGUUUAGUUGUAUGGUUACUUUUUAUGGAUGGUUUCCAUUAGUAUAUUUUGGUAAUCAUUUAUGCAAACAAUGGUUAAGUGAGUUAAGUCCACUUGAAGUUUCAAAUGACCAAAUGAGAGAAGAGAUAGACCCCCGCCAUUUUGUGAUACUUCUUGAAGGAGAAAAACAAUUGCCAAAAUUAUUGUUGAGGAGAAUUAUUUUACAGCUGAAUGUUCAUGUUAAGGGGGGAAUGCGUCAACAACCACGUAGUCUACUCAAUCUUCUCAAACAAAGUUUCUUUUAUAAAGGUGCAAUACAAUUUGAUAGCAGCCAAGUUCCAAAUCUAUUAUCAGAAGAACCUCCUAACUGUUGGACACUUCCAGUGAUGACACUCACAACCAUUGCUGUUGCACUUCCAAACAUUGCAAAUCAACAUGUUGAUGAGCUGGUAACAAGUGUUGAUGAAGGCCUCCAAUAUGCAAGCUAUAUAGAUGUGCUGGACGAGAAGCAUGUGUCAAAAUGCAUUAAAAAUGCAGCAGGCAUUGUGUGGGUGGGAGUUAAGCUUCAUAAGAAGUGGCUGGACGUAGAUCUUGGGGAUACAAUUAGGGAAGUUCGUUCUAUCAGGGAGAUUAUUCAAGGUCUUGCUGAUGAAGCUGAAAGGAUUGUCAAAGAGUUCAGUUCCACGGGAAGUCAAAAUCUUGUGGAAAAUUCUCUGUACUGGCCUGCAAAUGUUUUAGCUGCUAAUUCAAUGUACAGAAUCAGCCGGACAAUUCUUUUAUGCUAUGGGAAUGGUGAGUACCAAGCUGAAGAGUUGUUUACGAAAUUAAUUUGCAUGAUUGCAAAUAUAUUGGCAGCUUGUCUUACUAAUUUGCCGCACCUGAUAACUACCAAGUGCAUAAACAAUGCUAUUGAGGAAAGGCUCAAAAGUAUUAGUAAUGCAGCUUUCCUUUUUGGAGAAAUUGAAGAUAUUCUGAAGUUAUUUGAAGAGCGGCAACUUUUAGGCAUUGGUCCAGAUCAGCCAUUAUGCAUUGAUGAAUGGCGUAGAUGGAUGGAGAGUGAAACACAAGAUCCAACAGUUUCAACCUCUGCAACUGACAAUGGAGCAUCCUCUACUGUUGAGUCCAAUGAUGAGCUUGUGAUUGUUGCAAUGGUUGGUGACCGGAAAAAGUUUAACGACAUUGCGGUCAUCGGACUGUCGUCCUCAUCGGCUUUACCGGACAAGUUUAAGCGACAUUGUGGUCGUCGGGCUGUCACCCUCAUCGGUGGUGACUGGAAAAAACUGAAAAAUUUUAUCGACAUUGUGGUCGUCGGGCUGUCGCCCUCAUCUGCUUUACUGGACAAGUUUAAGCGACAUUGUGGUCGUUGGGUUGUCGCCCUCAUCGGUGGUGACUGGAAAAACUGA